AUGAAGACUAGCUCCCCUCUUCCAUACCGGCAGCUCUCUGGCCUUUCUGAAAAGCUUAUAACUGGACUGCUACUGCUAGUGGCAGCUCAAGGGUUUUCAACGAGCAGCGUGCGCGCCUGGUUGCCACGCUGUCUGACUGUGAAAUGCCCGUUUUCGACUUCGAAUCCGAUCGUCGCAUCGGCUACACCUGGACAAGGAGUGCCGCAAUCGGGAGCUGCAGAUGCAUCCCGUCGGAUAUUUCUGUCGUCAACUGUAGCCGUUUCGGGAUUACUGACGGUCCCUAGUCGCACUGAUGCAGCAGAUGCAAAGCGGGGGUCGGAGCAAAUGAAAAUAGUGGAGGUCGUUGGAGAGCAACAACCCGGGUUGGUGUCGGCACAAACAAUAGUUGAUCUCCUACGGGUUGUCCCAACCUUUUGCAUCGUCGACAAGGAAGGAGUUCCAUUCAUGGUGGUUGGUGAAGAUGCCAAGGUUACUGGUUAUUUCUUUACUACUUUUGACGAAGCGCAGCGGCUCUUGAUACUCGCACGGACGUCCGUCGACAAGUCGAUUGCAGACGCGAAGAACGAUCCGUCGCAAGACCAAGCGGCAGUCGCAGAGCUCACCAAUCCCUGGGUAAAAGCUCGAAUAUCAUCUGUACCUAUGGACUUUGCCGUGACUCUUGUCACCAAAUCAAUGUACGGUGCUCGAAGGGCGGGAGGCAAUUACUUUCAAAUAGCCCCAGCCGAUGCUGAUGUCGAAGACGCUUUGGCUAUCAACGGAAAAACCGAUCUAGCCGAAGGAAAGGUGCCUCUUUUUUACUAUCCCGACUUUUCAACAAAUGAAAACGAUGGGAAACAGAGCCCCCUUUACUUUCGUCAAUCGGAGCUGGAAAGGGCAUUUCGAAAACAGAAUCCUGGUCAAGAUUUGCCCAAGACUGCGGUUACAGAGCUCUUUGCUGUGCUUGCUGCCAUGGUCGAACCAGGAGGCACUGACUUGGACCUACAAACGCUUGUAUUUAUUCCACCUAGAGAAAGCGUUCAAAAGGCGAAAGCCUGUGAUAAAAAGAACGGCAAAAAUGGAUCAUACUUCGUUGGAAAACGAAAUCUAGUUCUUUAG